AUGUAAAAGUAAAUUGAUGAGGUUGAACUCUUAUUAAAAAAGAGUCCUCAACAUAGAAGCAAAGCAGAAAUCGAUCUUUUAGUUAAAUUAACUUCUUAACUUCCUUUUUUUAAAUAAUACACUAAAUCAGAGAAUGGAAUUCAAAUACAAAGGAAAUGUUGUAAAAAUAUGUAUUGUGAAAAAUUCAAAUCACAUGAAAUUGUAUUCUAUGUAGGUAACCCAUAAUUCUAAAUUCUUUAGAUAGUGUUGGCACUAAAUUCUAUAUUAUAUUAGAAGGAUAAGUUAUGGUAUUAGUAAGGAAGCCCAAUCAAAUUGAAAUGGAAGCUGUAAGAAUUCUAAAUAAAGGGGAAUCUUUUGGUGAAUUAGCACUCUUACAUAAACAACCAAGGUUAGCAACAAUUCAAUGUCUUACUGAAUGUACUUUUGCUGUUUUAGAUAAAUAACAAUUUAAGCAUAUUCUUUAGGAAGAACAAUAAAAAUAAUUAGACGAAGUAUGUAUCUUUAUUAAUAUGAAAGAACAUUGAUUAUUUCUCUCAAAUUAAAAUAUUUUCACAUCUUCAUAGAACUUAAUUGAAACAUAUUUAUCUAAAUUCUUUUUUGUAUGAAUUUGAAAAAAAUCAAAUUGUUAUAUAAGAAGGCUAAAAGGUUGAUUAUUUUAUUUUAAUUAAAUCUGGUAGCUUCUUAGUUAAGAAGUUUAUUAGAUCUAAUUAAACUAAUGCAAAUGUAAUUAUUAUAAAUAUGAUAGCUUUUUGAAAUAGGAGAAUUACAAGUAUUUGGUUUCUAUCAUCUCAAUAUAAAUCUUCCUUAUGAAUAUUCUUUGAUUUGUAAUUCAGCCAAAGGAUAUGCAUAUAAAAUUUAAAGAACAUCAUUAGUUGAAAGAAUGUUUGAAUAACAAUUUGAAGAACUUAAAUUACAUAGAAUAGAAUUACAAUAGUUUGCAGAACUUAGAACAUAAACAGAUGCAAAAACAGCUUCUAAUUUUCCAUAAUAUUAUUCUUAAAGAAUUAAAACAGAAAAUUUAAUAGAAUCUCCAUAAAAAAGUGAUAGAUUAAUAGAGACUACUAAAAAAAUACAAUAAAUUUAAUAAAUUAAAAAAUAACAAAGAAAUAAAUUAAUUAAAUAAUAACUCGAAUUCUUAUCUUUAAAAUAAAGAAAACAUCCAAUUAAAGUUAUACCAUCAAGUGUAACUUAAACUUAAUCAGAGCUCUUUCUUAAAUAAAAAACCUGCUAUAAUUUUGUUACAUAAAAUGAUUCUCAAGAAUUUGAUUGUUAAUAAAUUCAAAAAUUUGAAUCUUAAGUUGAAUUACCAAAAAAUAAAAUAAAAAAACUUACAAUGAAAACACAUUUUCCAGAAGAAUUAUUAGAAAAAUAAUCUUGUAAUAGUCCAUUGAGUACAUCAUAAUCAUAAUUGAAAAGUCGUAAAGAAAAAAAAAGAAUGAUUUUACCAAAAGCUCAAAACAGAAUUAAAUCCAGGACAUUUUAAUCCUAGACGCACUUCUCUCCUCUCUUCAAAACAUAAAAUAAUCGUCUCUAAUUAUUAUUAAGUAGCACAAACAGUAAUAAAGUCUUAUGA